AUGCGUAAGCUAGCCAAGGAUCAUCGUGAUCAUUGGGCGAAUAAUCCCCGGCCUGUUACGUUCGGUAAUCGACUGCUGGACACCAGAUUCACCCAGAGCCAGCCCUAUGUCCACAUCAAUGUGGUCUCAAAUCCAAAACACCUCUAUGAUCCCCAAGGCAAACUGAGCACAGUUUGCAUGGGUUCCACCAUUCCGCAUGGAAAUUACAAGGUGGUGCGAUGGACAGAUCGACAUAUCUAUAGGCACAAGCAAACGAGUCAAGCUUUCUACUUGAAGCUGCGGCGAGACAUGUACAUCAAGGGCGACUCAGAGAUGUGCCACAACAAGAAGUAUAACAAGUGGAUGGACUAUCAGGAAUGUGCAUUGAAGCGUAAUCAGCGCCUAGAAGCGUUUAUACCGAAAUAUCCCUUCCAGCAGCUGAUCAAGGAAAAGAGUUAA